AUGAACGAUGUGCUCCCCUCGUACGAGGCCGCCAACACGCGCGAUCCCUGGACCAUCAUUGCCCGAUACAUACCGUCGACGGACCUCUGUUCGGCGGCUCUCGUGUGCAGGCAGUGGCAUGACAUAUUCACGCCGCAGCUUUGGGGGAACCCCGCGUCGCACUUUGGCGUGCAAAACGACGUCGUCUACGUCGCCCUCACGCGCUUCAAGCGCACCCUCGCCUGGGCCAGGCUGAGCACGAGAUGGCUCACCCACACGCUGCACUUCCCGCCCGCCCAUGCCGAAAUCUACGACGGCCCGCACUCGGACUGGCUCCGCGAUAUCCUCGAGCGCCUGCCGCGCCUGCAGUCGCUGAUUGUAAGCGAGCUGCCUUUUUUCGACCAUGGCGCCCUCACCACCCUCCGCCGUCCCAGCAAUUUCCCAUCAACCUCGCACUCGGACAGGCUCCCGCGACAACUGCCCGACUCUCCUGUCUUCGGCCUGCGCUAUCUGGAGGCGUCGUGCUGCAAAAAUGCUACGUACAGCGGCCUGGCCGAGGCGCUGAAGCACUUUCCCUCGCUUCUGUAUCUGGAUCUCUCCAAGACCAAGUCGGCAAAGGAUGCGCAUGUCUUGUCGGUGCUUAACCACUGUUUCAGCCUCCGGAUCUUGAAGUUGCGGUCUAUCGGAUUGACGGACAAAGAGGUGGAAGCACUGGCUCGUGCCGUGAAGAGGGGACUGAAGAGCCUGGAUCUCCGCGACAACCAGUUAACCGACAACAGUGCACGAAUCCUUUUGGAGAAUUGCUUCAAGGUCAAGAACGUCCCUCGAUUGGGCCCCAGCGACACUCCGCCAGAGGAACCAGAAUCCACUUAUUCGUCUCUAAUUUCGAGGGCAGACUCGGAAAGGCAAACAGGUCGCAUAUUUGACGAGCAUAACAAGGAGGAUCUAGAUGCGCGUGUCCGUUCUGAGCUGGUCGGCGAAUUUUCCGGGACAGCCAUACUAAACGACACAUACGACGGCGGUAUUACUCAUUUGUACAUUUCGGAUAACCACUUGAGCGUCGAGGGCAUAUCCGGUCUGCUUAGGUCAGGGAGACUCCAAGUUCUGGAUGCCGGGACCGUCAUGAGGGGAAUAACCCGAUCCAAGGCUCGCUCUCUCUUAUUUCCGGAAGACAGUGACCCCACCGCGGGCUUCACCAUGCCCGGCGCGGAAAAGCUGACUCCAAUCAUCAAGGCUUACGCAUCGGAGAAGCUGACCUACCUGAGGAUAAACCACGCCGUCGUCACCGAGGAGACUGCAAUAGCCGAUCUUGCUGCUGGCAGGCAAGAGCUCCAGGGCAAUCUGGCCGUGUACGCCCCAUCGAAUGCUCGCGAGCUCGACGCUGUCACGAAUCAAAUACACGAAGUAUCCGGCGACAGCGCUUUCCAAGAGAUGUCAGGCGAGGAGUGGCGAGCAGAGCUGCCCGGAGACAGCCAGAUUAUCGCAGAGCUUCCUGGGGAUAUGCCCUACAUGCCAGAAAAGUAUCCUUCGAAUCAGCCAGGAGUCGUCGUCGAGCGACCAGAGAUUCCAAAGGUGAAGAAAGGGAGCGCCUUCGCCCCCGAAGUCGUGCCCGACCUGGGAAAUCUCCGGCUCGCCGACGGCGAAGGGACGCUCGAUACGCUCGACGGAUCGGACACGCACUCCAGCGUCAGAUCCUUGCAGAAAGGCCCGCUGUUUGUCGCGGCCAACGACAGGCGCUCGCGGCUCCAGCUGAGGCAAUCGACCGAAAACACGCUCCAUCCUCGCGACGUCGCACGCAUCGAGACGCUCGUCCUCACCGACGUGCCCAAGGAGUCGACGAUGCGCGAGUCGGCGCGCCGGCUGAUCCAGUUCAUCAGCGACUGCGCGGAGGAGGUGGCGAUCGCCAAGAUGCGGGCGCGCAUCGCGUACACGCUGCCGCCGGGGCGAGACCGGCAAGCGGCGGAGCGCGAGUACGCGCGGUCGCAGUUCCAGCUGCGGCGCAUCGUGCUGGAGAUGGCCAUGGACGAGGAGGCGUACGCGCCCAAGAAGCCGACGACGACGUGGCGGCAGUACCCGACCAAGAGCUCGACCGAGGACGCCGACUCGGAGGCGUUCUGGUCGGCGGCCGCGCACGACUUCUCCUUCUUCGGCGACGAGGAGUGCGGCAUCCCGGGCAUGGAGCCAGGACGCACGCUCCCGCUCGCGCUGCUCAGCGAGAAGAUCAUCCUGCCGUCGGUGGCGGAUCCGCCGCCGGUGCUGCUGGCGCCGAACCAGCAGCGCAAGGAGCGCGCGGUGCCGUGCUUCGACGUUGUCAAGGAGGUGGCUGCGUUCCGCAAGGAGUGCCGGGCGAAGUAUGCGGCGAGGGUGGCUGUGGGCGAGGCGGAGCCCGACGUGGAGGGCUUGUGGGAGGGGGAGGUUAGCGUGGUGAGGCCGAGCCCGAAAACGGAAAUGAGGGGCGACGUGGAUUGCUACGGGAAUUAUUACGAGCAAGGCUAUAAUUAUCGAUGA